CCCAAGACCCUGGUAGCAUGACUAGAGCAGAAGGCAGACGCUUAACAGACUGAGCCACCCAGUUCACCUGAGUGUGAAAAGAGAAAGAAGAAAGGAUUCUAGUGUUUAUGGAUUGCCUACUACACACCAGCCUUUUUAUAUAAUCAGGAGCAAAAUUGCCGUGUCCCUGGAUGAAUAUGUGGUUUUCCUCACAAUAGACAUGUACAGUUGGAGCCCGGUGAAAUGGGGGAAAAUCAGACGGCAGUGACAGAGUUCAUUCUACUAGGAUUUUGUUUUGGCCCAAGAAUUCGGAUGGUUCUCUUUGGGCUCUUCUCUCUGUUCUAUGCCUGCACCCUGCUGGGGAACAGCAUCAUCCUGGGGCUCAUCUGGCUGGACUCCCGACUGCACACCCCCAUGUACUUCUUCCUCUCCCACCUGGCCAUCGUCGACAUAGCCUAUGCCUGCAACACCGUGCCCCAGAUGCUGGUGAACCUCCUGAAGCCAGACAAGCCCAUCUCCUUUGCUGGCUGCUGGACACAGACCUUUCUUUGCUUGACUUUUGCUCAUACUGAAUGUCUUCUUCUGGUGGUGAUGUCCUAUGAUCGGUUUGUGGCCAUCUGCCACCCCCUCCGAUAUUCUGCCAUCAUGAGCUGGAGGGUCUGUGUCACCCUGGUGGUGACUUCCUGGGCAUGUGGCUCCCUGCUGGCCCUGGUCCAUGUGGUUCUCAUCCUGAGGCUGCCCUUCUGUGGGCCUCAUGAAAUCAACCACUUCUUCUGUGAAAUCCUGUCCGUCCUCAAGCUGGCCUGUGCUGACACGAGGCUCAACCAAGUGGUCAUCUUUGUGGCCUGUGUGUUUAUCUUACUGGGGCCCCUCUGCUUGGUGCUGGUGUCCUAUAUGCACAUCCUGUUUGCCAUCCUGAGGAUCCGGUCUGGGGAGGGCCGCAGGAAGGCCUUCUCCACCUGUUCCUCCCACCUCUGUGUGGUGGGGCUCUUCUUUGGCAGUGCCAUUGUCAUGUACAUGGCCCCCAAAUCCCACCAUCCUGAGGAACAGCAGAAGAUCCUUUUCUUGUUUUACAGUUUUUUCAACCCUAUGCUGAACCCACUGAUCUACAGCCUGAGGAACGCAGAGGUCAAGGGUGCCCUGAGGAGAGCGCUGUACAAGGAAAGUCAUUCCCAAUUGGAGUGA